AUGAAUAAUAAUGUAUGGAGAGGAUACGGUAUCUAUGGGUUUCUCCCAAAUGAUGGAACGAAUGGACGAAAGUGGAAUUUGGUGAGAGUUGAUUUGGGCGUUAAUGAAUGCUCGAGAGGAGAGAGGACGGGGGAUGGGGAGGGUGAGAAGGAAACUGAGGGGAAGGGGAAGGAAGGUAGAAGGUAUCAUCAGCGGAAGACCUUGAAAGGUCGGCCAACCUGUGUUUGCUUUCCCGGUGUGAAGAAUUGUCCCCCAAUUGUUCAAAUGUGGUUGUCGCUGUUUCUAUUCGUGUAUAAUGUUUGCAACGGUGUAGGCGCAGUUGUCGUUGGACAAUGUUGUCGAAAACGUGGCGUGACGGAGAUAUGUACGCGAAUGCUAUGUAAUCUUCAAAAUCCACCAAAUGAUUUCGAUGUUUACAAUAUUUUUGAACGAAAAUUGAAUUGUCAACCGUAUAUGAAUGCAAUCUCGGAAUGCUUAGCUGAUGGUCGUGAUCAUACGCAUUGUUGUAUGAAUGAAGCAAAAGAUCGUGAUGAAAAUGCUUGCUUUGGUAUGUGUCGUGGUGAGGGUAUUGAUGGAAUUGCAGCAUGGGAUAAAUAUCAGACGUGUUUAGCCAUUAAUUUACAUCCAAUGUUUCGUUGCUUUGAACGUGGCUAUUUAAAUAUUCCCACGUCACCUCUAUCAUUACAUAUCGUUUCGAAGAGUACGAAUAGUGUCGUUCUUUCCUGGUCACCACCAGCAAUUAAUUCAAAUCUUGCUGAAUCAUAUCAAGUUAUCUGUAAAGAAGCUGAUAAUGGUUUCAUUGAAAAGACUAUCAAUACUCGAAGUUAUAAGGUUACACUUACAAGUUUACGCGCUGAUAGCAAAUAUUCAGUGCAUGUUAUUGCAGUAACUCGUGACGGACGCUACCGAUCGUUACCUUCUGAAACAGUUCACUUUUAUACAGCUGGAGUAGCACCUCGAGUUGUCGCAUAUCGUGAAACUGUUUCAAUUCCGAGUGAUGCAUCAUCGGUAACAAUUGCUUGCCGAAUGGAAAUGUCCGGUACCAUGCAUAAAAGUGUUCAUUUUGAAUGGAAGAAAAUGCACGAAAAAACCGGUUAUUACGAGAAAAUUGGAGGAGACAAGUAUAGCUUCACGAAUUAUAUUUCAUCUCAUGAACAUCCACGGCACUAUGUUUCUGCUCUUCAGAUUAGAUUCUUGAAGCAAUCGGAUUUUGGUAUUUAUCGUUGUAUUGCAACCAAUGAUUUCGGUAGUUCCAGUGCUGAUAUUCGAGUUAUACAACGUUUACUAACCUCAGCAACAUCAGUACCACCUGAACCACCAUAUACGUGUUGUCAACGUUUGGGAAUUCGAUCACCGUGUGUUGCAGUUUGCGGUUCUGAAUUUGGCAAACAUGCCGCUCUACGAGCCGAAUCAUUUAUCAAUAGCCAUUGUGAAGAUGAAAUAAGCAAAUUUCUUACUUGUACAACAGCAGGUGUUGAUGAAGGUGCAUGUUGUUUACGAAAAAAAGUUCCUGGCAUUUGUUUACCACUUUGUGAUGGCUUUCAAAUGAAUAAAUUGAAUGCUAUCCCACAUGCAUGUGCUGUAUAUACUUUUUCCAUUUUUCAAUGUCGAAUGGAAAAUGCAGACAAUCGACCAGCUACAGUAUCUGGCCUAAAGGCUAUUCAAAAUUCGGAUGGUGAUUUAUUAUUACGCUGGGAUUUAACACCACGUGCAGAUAUCUAUCAUGUUUAUUGGAAGCGUAAAUUUUCAACAACCUGGGAAUUGAGUUCUGUUGUAACAACAAGUAAACGCAUUUUUGAUAAUGCUGCAAAUGAUAUCGAUGAAAUUGUUGUAGUAGCAUCAAAUAGUUUCGGUAAUGCUCAUCCAGUACGAUUAAUUCAUAAUGAUGAUAAAUGGAUCGCUUCGUACAAUUUUCAAUUCUGA